ACGCAUGAACCGACAAUGACGAUUUGUUUUGUGUUUGGGUGUAAUCACCAGGGAUUACGGCGAACAUGCAAGAUGUUUAGAUUCCCAUCCAGUGCCGGGUUGUCAACGAAAUGGGAAACACUAUGCAGACGUAAGGACAGAGCCGUAGUGUUGCAGAGUGACAGGAUCUGCAGCUGUCAUUUUGUGGAUGGGGACAAGAAUAAUGGCCAAACCAUUUUCCCAUGGAGUUGUGGGAAACUGUUUGAUUUUCCUGAUCCAACCAAAAUAAAUAGAACUGAGAGAAAAGAAAAUCAAAAGAUGGCUGUUUCCAGCACAUCCACAUCUGCAUUAUCAGCCAUGCAUUGUGCAUCAUCUAUGGAUUCAACAUCUGCACACAUAAAUCUGGAUCACAGUUACCAGACUUCCUAUCAUCAUUUAAAGGAAGAGAAUCAGAACCUGAGGCGCGAGGUUGAGGAAUUAAGAAUACAAAUCAGAAUGAUGUCCAUGAAGCGAGCGUUCAGAAUUGGCGAUAUCAUAGAUGACGAGAGAAAGGUACAUUUCAGAUAUCAUGAGUAGUACAUGUAUUAAAAAAAAUCGACAUUCGUCUUUAUCAGAUUAUUGAUACAUGCACAUCAAUAUUUAGUGUUUGAAGUUAUGAACACUGGUAGGAAUGCAUAGUUCAAUGCUAUAUUUAAGUUUUAUAUACCUUGAUGAGAUAUUAUUUACAGAUCUUUUGAUUUUAUCAUUGAACACGAUACUUUGUGAGGCAUUUCUUUUUCAGUUUAUAUUUUGAUAACGGGCCUACUGCUGGACAGUUCAUCAGCCUGUGAAAAAUGACGGAAAUAGUAGAACAAAUGCUCUGCCAGGAAAGAAUAUCAUACUGCUUAUGUUUUGUACAAUGGGUUAUUAAAAUGCUGCUGGACAGCAUUUACGUUUAUCAGAAACAAGUCUGUUUUUAAAACAAAAUGUAAAAAAUAAAAAGAAAUAUAUCUUCAACACAAUGUGUUUCACUGUCAUGUUUUAAUGUAGAUGCUGAUGUAUACAAGUCUAAGGCCAGACAUGUUCCACGCCAUUGACGAAAUGAUGCAGAGAUUCCAGGUUAAGUACAUUGAUGGAUGGAGACCAUCUUUCAUUUCUUUGACAGACCAACUGUUGAUGACAUUAAUGAAAAUAACUAUGAACACCCCUCUUUUGGACCUUGCAGAGAGAUUCAACACCAGUGCAUCAUCAGUUAAUAACAUUGUAACUUCUCAAAUUUGUGCUAUGCAUGAGGUUUUAUAUGAAGGACUCAUAGAGAGUCGCAUUCCAUCUCUACAAAAAUGCAAGGGAUCUAUGCCUACCAGUUUUGGCGAUUUUAGCUCAUGCAGAAUAGUACUCGAUGCCACUGAAAUCAACCAAGAUGUUCCUGGGAAUGACAUGAGAUUGCAGGCCAGCACAUACAGUGGCUACAAAAAUUCCAAUACUGUAAAAAGUGUUACAGGUGUUGCACCAAAUGGUGCCUUGGUGUUUAUUAGUAAAUUGUACCCAGGGAGCACAUCUGAUGUUGCAAUUGUAGAGCACAGCAAAAUUUUACAGCAAUUAGCGCCCGGUGACAUGAUAUUAGCAGAUAAAGGGUUUACUAUUCACAAGUUGUUGCCCCAAGGAGUACACCUUAA